AUGGCCGCGCAGAUUCGGGCUUUGAUCAGCGCCCGGAGCCCGCAGCUUCGCCGCCGCGGCGCCCUCGCCGCAGGGAGCGCAGGGACGCGGAGGGAGGCGCGCCCGGCUCCGGGCCCCGACUGCCCGGGUCGUGCGGGCGCCCGAGGACCAUGGACCCGCACGGCGGCCGUGGGCGCGCCCCCGGCGCACUUCCAGCCGGGCAAGUACUUCCCAUCGCCGCUGCCCAUGGCUUCGCAUACAGCCAGCAGCCGCCUGAUGGGGAACACUCCGGCCUCGUCCUUCAUGGGCAGCUUUCUCACCGGCAGCCUGGGCUCAGCCACCUCUGCCCACCCCAGCAGCACCCCCUCCGCACCCCCUGAGCAGGCCUACCGUGGCUCCCACCCGGCCCCCUCCCAAAUCUGGUUCUCCCAUUCCCAUGAAGCUCCAGGGUACCCCAGAUUUUCGGGGAGUCUGGCAUCUACCUUCCUACCCAUGAGCCACUUGGAUCACCAUGGAAACAGCAAUGUCCUCUAUGGGCAGCAUCGUUUCUAUGGAGCCCAGAAAGAGAACUUCUACCUGCGCAGCCUGCCCCCUCAGCCCACACUGCUGCCCGCCAACCACAGCUUCCCUGGGGGGGCCCGGGCGGCCCCGGGUCACCCCGUUGGCUCCUGCAGCCGUGAGCGGGGCGAGGCCGGCCCCCUGCCAAAGGGCACCAAGGAGUACGACCGCUUCCUCAUGGGUAAGGAGAAGACCGGCAAGGUGGCCGAGGGCAAGGAGCGGCCAGUGGCGGAGGAGGACGGCGCCAAGGAGCGGCACAGACUGGUGCUGCCCAUGCCAGCUGAUGGGCACUGUGCGGAUGGCACCGUGCCCCGGGCGGCCUGCGAGGGCCGUGCCAAGCACCUGGCCGCCUGCGUCCUCAACACCAAGGUGAUCAACGGCGACAUGGGCAAGUCUGCCCUGGCCAGCUGCACAGGGGGCAUGCUGGUUCGCUCUGGCGUGGGCACGGCAGCCCCUGGGCGCUGCAGCAAGGAGGCAGCGGGGCCCCCGGAGUCAGGACCGGCCUUCAGCGAGUGUCUGGAGAGGCGGCAGAUGCUGCAUCACCCCGUGUCCUACGCCGUGCCCUCUGGGCCGCCCCCGCCUCUCAGCACUGCCGCCGGCUCUUUCUCCUGCUUGCAGCUCCACGCUGGUCCCGACGGGCUCUGCCCACUGCAGGACAAAACCCCUCGAGACUUGAAGGCCAGUGGGCCCACCUUCGUGCCUUCAGUGGGGCACCUGACUGACAAGACCCGCCCUUUCCAGGCCACAGAGGCCUGCGCCGUGGCCGGCGAGGGCAAGGACCGGCAUCUGGAGCCAGCUGCUGAUCAGGUCAUGCCCUAUGGUGUCACCUAUGCCCACCUGAAGGCCGAGGGCAAGAGCGAGCGGCGUACGGGGGGCUUCGAGGCCACCCUUAACCCCAGGCUCAAAGGCCUAGAGUUCCUUGGCAGCACGGGCCCCGAGGCGUCCUUCCCUGGCCUCCCAAAAGGCAGCCUGGACAGGAGCGGCUACUUUGAGCUGCCCACGCAGGAGUGCUCCCACCCGAGUCUUCAGGAUGUGCUCGGGGGGAAGGUGGGCCAGGUGUGCUGCACGUUAGACAAGCCCUCGGGCAAGGAGGCCCCUUCAGGUACCUCCGGGGCCCAGAAAGUGGCCCGCAUCCGGCACCAGCAGCACUUGGUGGUCCCCGAGGCAGAUGCAGGGUGCAGCUCAACAGAGGGCAAGCGCAAAUCCCUGGAGCUGGCCCCCCUGGGCUACGGUGGGCCCCACCUGCCGCCGUGGAGCGUGCAGCCUGGCCAGGGGCCCGCCGUGGCCGUCGCCGAGGAGCGCAAAGGCGGCCCCUACCUGGACGCCUUCAGCAGCAGCCUGCAGCCGGCGGCCCUCAUGCCCCAGGAACUGGCGACCCCGCCGGACGAGGUCUCGGCCAUGAAAAGCCUGCUCAAGUACAGCAACCAGGCCCUGGGAGUGGGGCAGAGGGCGCCCUUCGUGGGCUUGGGCAGUCUCAAGGCCAGCUGCGGCCAUCAGGAUGCCAAGGGCCCAGCCCCCAAGGGCCCCAGCCAGGCCCCGAGCGAGGUGGAGAGGCCCGACUGUGCCCGGAGCCGUGAGCAUGAGCACCCCCACAGCGACGGCGAGGUGCGGCAGCCACCUGUGGGCAUCGCCGUGGCCCUGGCCCGGCAGAAGGAUGCUGGGAGCCGGCCUGAGAACACCUACAGCGCGGGGCGUCAGGCCAGGGCGGCCCCUGCCUUCAAGGCCGGCGGAGGCCCCCGAUCCAUGCACAUGCUAGAGCUGGAAGCUGAGGAGGAGCGGACGCGCCUGUGCGAAGACCGCCUGGGGCUGGCCGGACGGGAGCUGCUGCUUCAGGACAAGGAGCUGGUGGACUUCACGAGGACACAUGCAUCUGGAGGCUGUCCUGGAGACCUGGGCCCACACCUCAUGAUUGCCGGAGGCUCCUCCCUACAGAACAGCCAACUGGCCGGCGACCCAGCCCCUCACGCUCACCCUGCCCACCCCCCCUGGCUACCCCGCACCCGCAGCCCCUCUCUGUGGAUGGGGGGACACUCCUACGGCCUCGGGCACCCUGCUCUGCACCAGAACCUGCCCCCUGGCUUCCCUGCCUCGGUGCCUGGCCCCAUGCCCCCCGUCUUCCCGCUCUCCCAGGAGCCCCCUGCACAGCUUGUCCUUCUGCCCUCAGAACCCACUCCCCACGCGGCCUCCCAUGCACUUGCUGACGUCAUGGACCAGGCCUCACUGUGGCCCCCCAUGUACGGGGGCCGGGGCCCCGCCUCGCACAUGCAGCACCCCGGCCAGCUCCCCGUGUACUCGCGCUCCCAGUUCCUGCGACAGCAAGAGCUGUACACCCUGCAGCCCCCCGCGGCGCAGCAGCCCCAGCCCCAGCCCCAGCCGCCACAGCAGCUGGAGCAAGAGGAGCCCACUCCUGAGAAGGCCCUGAAGUCCACUCACAAACCAGUUGCCUUAACCCCCACCGCCAAGGGCGCCUCCCUGCCCACCACCGCCGGGCCGAAGCUGCCGUUCUGCUGCCACUCGCCCGCCCCACAGCCUCCCACCGCCUGCCCCACCCCGCCCAGGCCUAGCGUCCCCUGCACUUUACCCGUCUGCCCCUCCGUGGGUGCACCAGCUCGCAGCUCCGGGCCUGGCUCCACCGUGGCCGGCAUGGAGGACAGGAGCGAGGAGGGCCAGCAGCCCCAGGACGGCCUCAAGGCCCUGGAACCAGCCCUGCCCUCAGGAUACCAGUGUCCUCCAGCCUGCGUGGGCUUCCCUUCCGUCCACCCUGCCCUCAUGCGUUCUUCUGACCUCUCAGACCCUGAAACUAUGCAAGCCACCACCUCUGGGGCACAGCCCGAGCCAACAAGGACACUCCUGGGCGGAGACCCACCCCACUGUGCCCCUCCUUCUCUGGAGCAGCCCGGGCUGCUCUCAGGGGCCAGGGAGACCCAGGGCCUAGCUACCCCACCGCCCCCUGCUGAGCGGACACCCACAGGGAAGGCAGCUGACUCCAGCCCACUCCAGGAACUUCGUUACGGGGCCCUCGCCUUGGAUGAGGGCUCCCAGGCUGCUGGCCAGGCUGACGCCACUCAGGGAGAGGCCCACGGGGACAGGACCGCAGAGAGGGGCGGGGAAGGAGGGACACAAGGGUCCUCACCAGGGGCCAGCGUCCAGGCCACGGAACAGCUGACAUGGAGCCCCGGUGCCCAGGGCAGAGAUGACAACGGGGAGCUGGAGGAGGAGGAAGACUCGGAAGAGGAAGAUGCAGGAGAGAACUGGACCAGCUGCCUGGACGGUGAUGCCCCGCCCAGGGUGCUGCCCAGCCUGGAUGACCUCGUGGCCGCCACCAUUGACCUGGGGGACCUGCCUGGACUCAGCCCACUGGACUCUCAACCCCUGGCGUCCCCAGGACCCCCCAGUGCCGAGCCCCCACCCCAAAGCUCAGGGAUUCAUGGGAUUGCUCUACUCAGCGAACUGGCUGACCUGGAGACCCCACGGCAGAGGAGUCAGUGCACGCUGGGAGAGGAGGAGGAGGAAGACGUGCUGGCCUUCAAUCUGCAGCACCUGGCCACGCUGGCCACAGCCUGGUCCCUGGUGGAGGCCGCAAGGCUGGAGACCCCUGCCCCCGCUGCCCCAGCCCCCACUGUCGAUCCCCGUGGGGAGCCCACGCUCACCCCCCGAAUGCAGAUCCUACAGCGCAAGGACACCUGGACCCCCAAAACCAAACCUGUGUGCCCACUCAAGGCGGCCAUCGAGCGGCUGGACACACAGGAGGUGGAGAUGCGGGUGCAGCUGGCUGAGCUGCAGCGACGAUACAAGGAGAAACAGCGGGAGCUGGCACGGCUGCAGCGCAGACACGACCACGAGAGAGAGGAGAGCUCUCGGAGCCCCGCAAGGAGAGGGCCUGGACGCCCCCGGAAGAGAAAGCACUCCAGCUCCUUGCCCAGCCUGCGCCCCGGGGGCCAGCUAGCCAGGAGUGACAGCAGGAAAGUCAGGCCAGUGCGGACCAGCUUGAGCCUGCUGUGUGCAGAGCUGCAGGGUGCUGGGGAGCCCCCUGAAAAACGGAGCCGACUGGACCGAGGCAUCUACAUGGGCCUACAGGCUGCCCCUGCGGAGAAGACACCAUGCAAGGAUGGUCCCCCAGGCAAGCUGACUGCUGUGGUCACCCACAAGGUGGCCCAGCUAAAGCCAAAGGCCAAGAACAAGGGGCUGCCCACGGGUCUGAGCCCCUUCCUGCGGAAGGCGGCCAUCCCGGGUGGACGGUCCCGCAAACAGCUGUCCCGGGCCAAGAGCACCCAGGUGGCAGGCACGACCCGUCCCCCGCAGUCCGAAGGCCACAGCAGCAAGGACACACCCAAGUUCCUGGGCAAGCCCGAGGCAGGCAAUGGCUCAGACAGUGAGGACGGUGGAAGCCCCCUGGGAGUUGAGGCACCGCCCAAGGAGCCAGGGCUGGCAUUGCUGGGGGCUGGCAUGGCCAUGCUUGGACCCUCACCCUCCUCCGUGGUCAAGAUGGAGGUUAACCAGAAGGCGAAGAAGAAGAAGGAACGUCAAGGGCUGCCAGGAGCCUGCCACCUGUCCAGCUCCGAGGGUGAGGUCAAGAUCAAGAGGCGGGCAGUAAAGGCCAAGGUGGGCACCAAGCUGGAGAGGGCCCCGGGACGGAGGGCGCCUGGAGCGCCCGGCAAGAAGAAAGCCAAGAGCAAAGGAGGACUGCGGGCCGAGCCAGGGGCUCCUGUCACCAGGGACCCCCUCUUCAGCCCCGCCCGAGCCUUCACCUGUCACGACGAGGGCAGCAAGCUGGCCAGCGAACGCCUCAAGAGAGCCACACGCAAGAGCUCAGUGCUGCAGCCAGUGCUUCGGCGGAAGAACGGGGCUCUGUCUAUCACCCUGUCACCCCGAAACGCGAAGGCAGUUCUGAGCAAGGUGAAGAACCCCUCUGCUCCCCAGGGCAAGGGCCGGGCGGUCAGCCGGCUGCUGGAGAGCUUCGCUGUGGAGGAUGACUUUGAGUUUGAUGACAACAGCAGCUUCUCAGAGGAAGACGAGGAGGAGGAAGAGGAAGAGGAAGCAAGUGGCCCCCUGAACGCAGAGCAGAGUGCCGCCCUGGCACGCUCCUGUGUCAUCCGUAAGGAGGACCUGCAGGACGGGCUGCCCGUGCUGAUUCCCAAGGAGGACAGCCUGCUGUACGCGGGCAGCGUCAGGACCCUGCAGCCCCCCGACAUCUAUAGCAUCCUGAUCGAUGGUGAACGUGCAAACCGACAGCGGAUCUACUCGCUGGAACAGCUGCUCCAGGAGGCGGUCCUGGAUGUGCGGCCGCAGUCCAGCCGUUGUCUGCCGCCAGGCACGCGGGUCUGUGCCUACUGGAGCCAGAAGUCACGGUGUCUGUAUCCUGGCAAUGUGGUGCGGGGCCCCUCCAGUGACGAGGAAGACCUGGACUCUGUGGUGGUGGAGUUUGAUGAUGGAGACACGGGUCACAUCGCCGUCUCCAACAUCCGACUGCUCCCACCGGACUUCAAGAUCCAGUGCACAGAGCCCUCCCCUGCUCUGCUGGUGUCCAGCAGCUGCCGGAAAAGCAAGCAAUCAUCCGUCGAGGGGCCCCCACCCAAUGAGACCCCUGCCCCCAACCUGUCCCCCAAGAUGCAUGGUGGCCCUGAAGUCUCCAAGCUUCCUGGGAAGAAAUCCAGUUGUAAAGAUAAAGCUGGCAAAGCCGACCUGCUAACCUCAGGUGCCAACUCCCCUGCCGGAGCCGCAGAGCACUUCCUGGGCCGCCGGGCUGGCCCUCUGCUGAGCUGGUCAGCCGUCUCACAGACCAAGCGGAAGGCGGCCUCCAAAGGCCCCAGCGCCCUCCAGAACCUCUUCCAGCUCGGCGGCAGCGCCAAGAAGCUGCGGGCCCGCGAGGCGCUCUUCCCGGUCCACAGCGCCGCCGCGCCCGUGUUCGGCAACGGCUUCCGCGCGGCCUCCUUCAGCAGCCUGGCCAGCUCCUACGCACCCUUCGCCGGCGGCGCCGCGCCCGGCCUGCCCGGUGGGGCCCACAAACUGCUGCGAGCCAAGAAGGCCGAGGCCGAGAAGGGCGGGCGGCGGCGGGCGGGCGGCGAGUUCCUGGUCAAGCUGGACCACGAAGGGGUGACGUCCCCUAAGAACAAGACCUGUAAGGCGCUGCUGAUGGGCGCCAAGGAGCUGGCGCCCAAGCUGGGCCGGCCCCUGCCCUCCCCCAGCUACGCGCACCCGGCCCUGGUGGGCAAAGACAAGAAGAGCCGGGCGCCUGUCCACCCGCUGCCCAUGGGGCUGGCACUGCGCAAAUACGCGGCGGGCCAGGCUGAGUACCCACUGCCUUGUGACAGUGACUGCCCCAGCUCCUACUCAGACGAGGACGGGGACGGCCCCGGGCUGGCCGCUGGUGUGCCCUCACGUUUCCUCACUCGCCUGUCCGUGUCCUCGUCCUCCUCCGGCUCCUCCACGUCCUCGUCCUCGGGCUCCGUGUCCACGUCCAGUCUCUGCUCCUCAGACAAUGAGGACUCCUCCUUCAGCUCCGAGGACGGGGACCCAGCUCUGCUGCUGCAGACGUGCCUCACCCACCCUGUGCCCACCCUCCUGGCCCAGCCCGAUUCCCUGCGCCCCAAGGGCGGCAGCCCUCACGCGCACGCCCAGCGCUGCUUCCUGUCCCGGGCGGCGGUGGCCAGUGCGGGCACGGUGGCUGGCCCCAGCAGCGGCAAGUCCAAGCUGAAGCGGAAGGAGGCCCUGAGCUUCUCCAAAGCCAAAGAGCCUUCGCGGAGGCAGCGGCUGCCCUCCGUAGAAAACCGGCCAAAGAUCUCGGCCUUCCUGCCCGCCCGGCAGCUCUGGAAAUGGUCAGGGAACCCCACACAGAGACGGGGCAUGAAGGGAAAGGCCCGGAAGCUGUUCUACAAGGCCAUCGUCCGAGGCAAGGAGACACUGUGUGUGGGUGACUGCGCCGUCUUCCUGUCGGCUGGCCGCCCCAACCUGCCCUACAUCGGCCGCAUUGAGAGCAUGUGGGAGUCCUGGGGCAGCAACAUGGUGGUCAAGGUCAAGUGGUUCUACCACCCAGAGGAGACCAAGCUGGGCAAGCGACAGAGUGAUGGCAAGAAUGCCCUGUACCAGUCGUGCCAUGAAGAUGAGAAUGAUGUGCAGACCAUCUCCCACAAGUGCCAGGUGGUGGGGCGUGACCAGUAUGAGCAGAUGACCCGCGGCCGCAGGUACCAGGACCGACAGGACCUCUACUACCUGGCGGGCACCUACGACCCAACCACCGGGCGGUUGGUGACCGCUGACGGGGUGCCCAUCUUGUGCUGA